GAAACAAAAAAUAUUGUUUGACUGGGCUGAAUAACUGACAGUAGUGUGAAUUGUGAAGGGACGACAUCAACACAGAUUGAAUAUUCAGGCUGGAUGCUGACAUUUCUUAAAGUAUGCAUAAUAAUUGUGAAGAACAAGCACGUCUCCAGAGGCUUGCUGGGAUGAAUCUGUAAGAACUGUUAUAUUAUAACCAGGUGGCGUACCUGCCUCGCUGGAACCAGAUGCAUGUUCUACUGUCUGCUCACUUGCCGAGAUCCUCAGGCAGAAUAAUGCAAAGUGUACAUCUGUGUACUCAAGAACUUCUCUCCCUCAUCCUUGGAGGAAGACCAAGGUGCUGAGAAGCAUGAUGGAGCGGGUACUUCAGGGAUCACUGAUCAGGAGAAGGAGCUGUCGAGCAGUGCAUUGCAAGCCUUUCUGAUACAUGCUGUUUCCAGGCUGGAAAUUAUGAUGCCUGUUUGCAACACUUAAAUAACCUUCAAGACAUAAACAAAGAUGACUACAAAAUAACUUUGAAUACUGCAGUUGCGGAGUUCUGUAAAAGUAACCAGACCACAACUGACAAUUUGAGACAAACCCUGAACCAGCUGAAGAACCAGGUUCACUCUGCUGUAGAAGAAAUGGAUGGUUUAGAUGAUGUAAAGCAUACUGUUCUCAACUACAAUCAAGCUGUUAUUUUGUAUCAUCUGCGUCAGUAUACUGAAGCUGUAUCAGUUGGAGAGAAGCUGUACCAGUUUAUAGAGCCUUUCGAAGAGAAGUUUGCCCAGGCUGUGUGCUUCUUGCUUGUGGACUUGUACCUGCUGACUUACCAGGCUGAGAAGGUCUUGCAUCUCCUUGCUGUUCUGGAAAAAAUGAUUUCACAGGGCAACAAUAACAGCAAGAAUGGGAAAAAUGAGUCAGGUAAUAAUACAAAUAAAGAUUCCUCCAAUCAAAAAGCUGAAAGUGGAGCUUUAAUAGAAGUUGCUAAAUCUAAGAUACAUCAGUAUAAGGUGAGAGCCUAUAUCCAGAUGAAGUCACUAAAAGCAUGCAAAAGGGAGAUCAAGUCUGUUAUGAAUACAGCUGGAAAUUCAGCUCCUUCUCUCUUUCUUAAGAGCAAUUUUGAAUAUUUGAGGGGCAAUUACCGUAAAGCAGUCAAACUUUUAAACAGUGCAAACAUUGCUGAACAUCCAGGCUUCAUGAAAACAGGUGAAUGCUUACGGUGCAUGUUUUGGAACAAUCUUGGCUGCAUCCACUUUGCAAUGGGAAAGCACAAUUUAGGAAUUUUUUACUUCAAAAAAGCCUUACAAGAAAACGAUAACGCAUGUGCACAGCUAGGAACAGGUAGCUCAGAUCCAGGUAAGAAAUUUUCAGGGAGACCCAUGUGUAUGCUGCUGACUAACAAACGGUAUGAGUUGCUCUACAAUUGUGGAAUUCAGCUCCUGCACAUUGGGAGGCCCUUAGCUGCCUUUGAAUGCCUGACUGAGGCCGUCCAGGUUUAUCACUCGAACCCUCGUCUUUGGCUGAGAAUAGCAGAAUGUUGCAUUGCUGCCAAUAAAGGGACAUCAGAACAAGAGACUAAAGGUCUUCCCAGCAAGAAGGGGAUUGUGCAAUCUAUAGUAGGUCAAGGCUACCACCGCAAAAUAGUCCUAGCAUCCCAGUCAAUACAGAACGUUGUUUAUAAUGACGGGCAGUCCUCAGCAAUACCUGUAGCCAGCAUGGAGUUUGUAGCCAUUUGUCUAAGAAAUACCUUGCUGUUACUUCCAGAAGACCAGCAGGAGCCAAAGCAGGAAAAUGGAUCUAAACCUAAUAAUCAGCUGGGGGGAAAUACAGAAAACAGUGAAAGCAGUGAAGCAUGCAGCAAUAAAAGUCACGAAGGGGAUAAAUUCAUUGCAGCUCCACCUUCUUCGCCUCUGAAGAAACAGGAAUUAGAAAACUUAAGGCAAGUGAAAAACAAAAUAGUGACAAAUUCAUGAGUCAAUAACCCCCCU